UCCGAUCUUUCACAGGGUCUACAGUACAGAAAGCAGUGUAAGUGUUCUCAGAUAGAUAUCGUCAGUUUCGACGAUAAUACAAGUCUUUGACGUGAUUUACAGAGAAAAACUUCGUCUCGAAAACUUGAACGAUGAACGCUUCAACCAAGAAAAUCGUCUUCCUGGCCGCCGCGCUGACAUUGAUCGCGAUCGUCGGUUAUACGUCGGCGGACAUGGCGGACGUCGGCUUGUGCAUCAGGAACUGCGCGCAGUGCAAGAAGAUGUUGGGCGCCUACUUCGAAGGGCCGCUGUGCGCGGACGCGUGCGUCAAGUUCAAGGGCAAGAUGAUACCGGACUGCGAGAACAUCGAAUCCGUGGCACCGUUCCUCAACAAGCUCGAGUGAUUUACGCCUCACACCCGUCACCCUAACUAGGCCGAUUACAUUAUUAUUAAUAUUAUGUAUUUUCAAAAUUAAUUAUUAUAUUAUUAUACACACCACGAUUAUACACGCUAUAUACGGGCUGCAGCCAUACUUCCGACUUUUAGUAAA